AUGUAUGAUUCUUAUCCGUACCAUGUAAUCCGUUCGGACCUGAUCCGAUAUCUUAUUCUGUGGUACUACGGUGGCUUCUACGCAGACAUGGAUGUUUACCCUGCCCGCGCUAUCAAGGAAUGCCCGGCAUUGGAGCCACUCUGGGAAGAUGGUUCCAAAAGCCCGAAUGUUUCUCUUGUUGUAGGUAUUGAAAUCGAUGAGCCACAUGCUUCCCCGCGCCUCAUGCGUGAGUGGCGCUGGAUUAGACGCUACCAGUUGAUCCAGUACACUCUAUAUGCGCCGCGACGCUUUAGCCCAAUACUUCGAGAAGUUAUUGUUCGCGUCAUGGCUCACACAAGACGACAAAUCAACCAGAGCAACUUUCUGCGUGGGCCACGCUACAAGGAAAACACAAUUCUGGAGGUCACCGGACCUGGAGUAUUUACCGAUGCGGUUCUGGAUGUACUGUCUCGGACGCUGCCGCCGACUCACAGUUUGGUGGAAUCAUCUGUGAAUGCAGAUGCUGAUAUUGGGGAUCUCGUUUCGCCGUCUACCGGGGUGACCCAAAGGCGGGUGACGUGGGCCCCGUUCAACAGAAUCAGAGAGCCGGUCUGUGUGGACGCCUCGGAGGCCAUGGAUGGAAAGCCAAUGGGGGGCGUCUGCGUCUUACCUGUGAAUGUAUGGGGAAAUGGACAAAGACACAGUGGUGCCGAGGGUUUCAGUAGUAAACAUGCGUGUAUCAACCAUCGGUUUGGGAGAACCUGGAGGAAGGGCUGGCUGGAAUAUUUCUUUGGGUAA